AGUGUUUCUGCUGGCUCACUAAUCAAUCAUUUCCCCCAACUACUUCGAUGCCAAGUUAGCUCAUUCACUGAAUCGCACUCCUUAAAUUGGGGAAGUACCGGCGCCCAAUUUGCAAUUCAGGCGGCUUCCCUCUCAUACACAUCAAUCGAAUCCGACACAAAAACGUACAAUGGCCAUGGAAGCAGCGAUGGUCGCUGUCCUCGACCGCCACGCAAACGUCAGCGCUGGUGGGAAGCCGGUCAACAACUGGUACGAGAAGAAGGGAAAGACCAACAAGAAGCUCUACAAGGAAAUGUGGGCUCCUAAGGAUCAUCACUCCGACCGCAGGAACCGCAAUGGCAGACAUUUCACGGCCAACCGCCCGCCACCGCCACGUGUCGGUUAUCGGCCGGUGGAGGAGAAGCUGAGGAUGGCAGAGGCGGAAAUCAGAGUGCUAAAUGCAAAGAUCCAAGUGCAGCAUCAGGAGAGUAUGGAAGCGAUGGAUUUCCAAGAGCAAUUCUUCAAAGACCAAAUCAAGACCAUUCUGGAGGGAAGAAUUGGUGAUGAUGAUGGUGGUGGGAAGGAAGAGAAGGAGGAAGAAGAUGCUGCAGAUUGCCAUUUGGGUACAAUUUCUGUACUUGAACCCGAACCCGAAUCUCGGCCCACUAGUCAUAUGAACAAAGAGAUGCAGAGGAUUGUGGGAGUGAUUGAGAAGAUGAGGAAGAACAAAUGGGAACCUGCAGAUAAUUAAGUCGUUUGGAGGAGAAGGCGUGAUUGUACAUGCCUAGAUUCUUAAAAGGAGAAGUUCGUGGUAACCAUGAACUUGAAUAAUGAUAUGCUGGGAUGUUCUAAUUGCUAAAUUAGGAGAUAAUUAAUUGGCCAAAUUCACCUGUAUAGUCAAAACUUUGACGGUUUUGCCAAAUAUAGCCACUUUUGGAGAAAUACCAG